AUGUACGGCAGCCCGGACAAGAAAGUUUGACUCGAUAUUUAGGGUGAUAGGGAAUCAGCAAUAGUUUUCAAUUCAGACAAGCCCAUCUCCUGUGGGACUUUAAAUUAUAUCAGAACGUUUCUUUCGUAGUCGCAAUCAACAAAAAAUAUAGGGGAGAUCGCCUUCUAUGUGCGUAUGAAAUAUUAACAAGUAUUUCUGAAUGCUUGUCAACCUAGAAAUCAAAGCUCAUUGCCGUUUUCUGAUUUUUUUUACAUACCUGCUACGAAACAAAUAAACGCGAGACCAACAUAAUCAUACUAAAAACAAGAAUAUGAAAAACGCUUUAUAGUGAUAUCAUGAUCGGUUCUUGUACAAUUAUUACAUUGCUUUUUAUUGAAAUGAUUGUUCUUUUAGAAUAAAAAAAAACAAUUACAUCAUAUUAUUAAAAGCGUUAUUUCUCGUUGUCAAACUGCCAUCUUAGUCGCUUAAAAGUUUUUUGUUUUGAUGAAAAUUGGCGAAUUAUUUUGUUUAUUUUGUUGUUUUAGGCAUAGGUGUAAUCGACUAGGCGGUUAACAAGAAAUUUGAGAAUUUUCAAACCAAAAGAGGUUUAAAUUGCAAGAUAAAAACUGGAAGGGGUGGCAGCUUGAGAGGUGAAGGAACGGGAAGUCAAACUCAAGAGGCAAAACCGACACACCUAGAAAUGUCUUAUGAACAGAAUAUUGUCCUAUAAGUAAUUAACUUUUUUGAACUACAUUUCUUUCAACUUUUCCAAAAGUUCUGGUUUCUUUUUUUUUUCAAUUCAAAGCCUUAACAAGUAAGGUGAACAUGCAAGUUUUCUCGGGAGCGAAAGAAGUGCGCCGAAACCAGUUAGUCUUCUCGAAGAAGCUACAGUGGUCGUCGUCGCGCUCCCCGUAGUGAAGACCAUUUUACUGCGUAUUCAGCGUCCGUUUGCUGAGUAUCAGCAGCUUUGCGUGUUCUGCGGAAAGAGGGUCCACAGAAAACUCUGGCCAGAGGGACAGAGACGCAGAGCCCCGCCCACUUUUCUGCGUGUGUGCCAAGUAUCGAUCGGUCCCGUCCAAACAAUCGAUUUUCUUUCCUUAAUCGAUUUUUGCUUCAAUUUCUUUCUAUUGAACUAUUCAAUUGUAUUUAGUUAUAAAAAUUUGCUCAAUUUCAAGCUUUCUUUGUUUUUAUUUUCUGGGGAAGAAUGUUCUUUGAAUUAUUUUUUUAUUAAAUAAAAAAUUGGAAAUUUUUUUUCCUAUUUCUUGGAAGACUUUUUAUUUGAAGGGUAAUAUUUUUUUGUCUUUUUCUCUCAACAAACAUUUCUCUCUGAUAGUCUUCCGGAUAGUUUUCAAUAUAUUAAUUUUCAUUUUUUUAUUCUUAAUAGUUCUUGCUGAUAAUGAAGGACAAAUUUUAAUAACUUGUAUAGUUUCUGUUAGUUUUUUUGAAUGUAACUUGCUUUUGAAAAACAUAGAAUACAGAGUUGAUGGCUUAUCGAAUUUUACGUGAAAUUUUUGAAUUUUUUUUCCAAAGGACAAACCGAUUAUGAAUUCUUUUUAUGGAAUUUCGUGUUUGCGUUUGCAAAGUCAAAACUACUAAUUAAAGUUUUUUCCAGUACGAUUUGCAUAGUAUCAAGGGAUUUUAAUAAAUUUUGGAAGCUUUGGGUGUUUUUAAAGCAAAACCUUCAUUUCUUAUCUGUCUUUGCUUUCGUAUGAUUUGCUAAUAUUGCCUUCAAUCAUAUUCCGUUUAUUUCAUCUACCACAGCUUGCUGGAGUGUUUAGAGGAGAAAAAGCGGAUUUCUAAAAUAUCUCGAGUUUCUUAAAAUGUAACUUUUAAAAUCCCAUUCUAAAACAAUAACCUUUAUGGAACAAUUUUUUUACAGGAUUCUUUGAUACGAGAGAAUAAAGUAAGUUGGAAUUCUCUUCUCCAAAAAAAGUCCAGUGUUGGGUGUAGCGGGCUUUUCCGGAUGUCAUGGAACCGCCUGCGGCAACGACAUGCAGUUCCCAAUCUUCUUCUGCCAACGGGUUUGAUUCGAAUUUUUUUUUAUUAAUGUUUUUUUUUUGUUUAAUCGUUUUUUUCCCUUUUUAUUCUGCUUUUUAGCGUAAAUGAGCCGCUUUCAUUUGAAUUGCUGAAAUAUCGCUCUGCUAGGAAAACCUAAAAUUUUUUUUUAAAAAGGAACUCCCGACGCAAUGGACAUCAAAAUGCUCAAAAUGAUAGGCUUCGGGUUCCAUUGGUUCAAAACUAGUCGUUUCAUUGGCUGAGCUAAGCCGUAAACGUGUUUUAAUUUUCAAAAUAAUCUUUGUCACAUAUUUAAAAAAAAAGUUCUUGUUUUCAAACUGAAUUCUCAUCCUCUCACAGUUUUAGAUCGGAGAAACAACGUCAGAACGCCGACUACCUACAGAUAGACCCGUCGAGCACGUUUCUGAGCAAUACUGCCCGCAACGGUUACGAGGAGCUUCCGGAGAACUUUCUGGACACGAUAAGUCCGCACCCAACGACGCCGCAGGUCGGACAUGUCGUCAGCGAAGCGCCGCAACUCGCCCCACUCACUCCGAUGAGCAUCUCCAGCGAUCCCAAAAUGUUUGUCUCUUCUCUUUUUCGAUGUAAAUCUUUGUCUCUUGCAGUUCCUAUUCGAGUAUGAUGUCCAUUGGCAGUCAGUUCUCCGACCGGCAUUUGGAUAAAAGCAGGUAACUUUCAAAUGACCUUUUUAUACUCGUUUAUCUACCAAAAAGAUGAAAACUAUAAAUUUCGAUCAAGAAUAUUGCGUUUAGAAGCACUUAAUGAAUAACAUUUUGAGUUUUCCGAGGUUUUUUCUAACGAGGAAAAUGCUUUGAAAUGAAACUAGAAUGAAGGAAAAAGUUUCGUGCUCUCCACGGCCUUAGUUCCUGAUUCAGAGAAGUUUCAUUCCUUUUCCCUCAAUUCUUUUCAAAAAAAGGAAUUUAUUUUCUUUUAAUUAAUUUUCUGUAGAUGAAUUAUAGGCUCACACACAUUCAUUUGCUCAAUAAUAAGCUCGAAAUUUGGCACGAGUUUUCUUUUUCAUUUAAAAAAAUUACACUUUUUUUCAGUUUUUUUAAAUAGUCCCGCUGGUCUGUUAUCGCCCUUGCAUUUGGAAAGGAGGCCGGCUCACGAAUUUUCUCGGCAUCAGCAAUCUCAUGUGUACAUAAAGGUAAAUAAGAAGUUGGGACAGACGAAAUUUGAAAAAUAUAGGAAAAUAUACUCGUUAUUGUGCUUUCUGACAGAUCUCUUAUCGAAAAUGUGUUGAUUUCGCUAGGUAUAGAAUCUGGAAUAAGUUCAAACAAGUUUUUUUUUUUUUACAUUGGUUUUCCCAGUUUCAAUUAUAAGCAAAAAAAAAUUCACUGAAAAUUCUUGAUCAGCUUUAUUCCCCAUUUUCUCUUGUUCUAUCAUGCUUCUUCCCAUUCAAAGUAGAGUUAUUAGGUUUUAAAAUUUUAGGCGGUAACUAAGGGAAAAAUAGAUGUAAGGAAACAAGGGACUUUUAAAAUUGAACACGCAAAAAUUUUCCGAAUCAGUAAUUGUUUCUCUGGUUUGUAGCUUAUUUUAACUUAAGGGGGUCUCAUUUUCCAUUGAAGACCUAGUAUCUGUUCAAAGUUCCGUUAUUGAAGAAAUUGAAGGAAGAAAAUGAGGAGCCUCAUCUUUUGCUGACUUCGAUGUCGCAACAACAAGAGAUGGACCGAGCCCAGGCGGAGACGCCUCCAGCCGUCAGCAAUGUCGAGCUCGCCAGCACCAUGAUCGCCACCCUCAUCGGGGGAGAACCUGUUCGUUUCUCCUUCAGUUUUCGAACCUUUUGAAGCUGUGAUUUGAGUACUGUUCUUGGUAAAGAUUAACAUUCAAGGGGGAGGAUUCGCCGUCUCCACACGCCUUUUCCACCUCGCAGGCGCUCCUGCAACAGCAGUUGGACAGUAUAAAAGACGAAGAAGACCUCGAUCACGUCAACGGCUCCGAUCACCUCGACUACCAAUCAAAACACAUUCACAGUUAUAAGCGUCAGUUUCAAAACGUUGAAGAUUUGUUUAUUUGGGAGUUUUGUGGCAUUUUCAAUGUACUAAAUAUGUUUCCAAGCUAACUAGAAACAGCAAAUACGUUUUUUUUGUUGAAAAGGCUUCUUGGAACUUUUUGUUGAGAAUCCGAAUGAGGUUGAAAGUCAGAAAAGAGCUAAUGAAAGUUGAUGAAAAAGUCCUUAUCCUUGAAAAUGUUGACUCUGGAAGUUUCGGGACUUUUCGUAGGUACAUCGUUCCCAUUGGUUAGUAUUUUCUACGAACGCUUUCGUCAUCAUUUCGUACUUCAAUCCGUUCAAUUAAAUGUUUCACAACCAUAAAGAAUUAAAUAUUUUUGAACUGUUGUCAAAAAAGUAAUUUACCCAUCUCGCCUUUCAAGUUGCGAAGGGUGUACAUUAUGACUUUAAGUUUUAGGAAUCUUCGAAACUGUUUUCACAAUUUGAAAAAAAUGGCGAACUAACUUUUUUGUUUCAAAUUUUUACUUGCCAAGUUCAUUUAUUCGACAUUUCCCGCCAAAAGUCAUGCUCAAUCUUUUUUCAGCUCCGCGAAGAGUUUAUUCAACACAAGACAGCUCCGAUCCUCUGAAUGCCGAAAUCGACAAUGAUAUUUACAUUGAUACGAAAGAACUGUGCAGGAGGAUCGCCUACGAACUCAAGCAGCAUUCAAUUCCUCAAGCUACUUUUGCCGAACGGAUAUUGUGCAGGUCUCUUAAAGUCGUUCUCUUGAUUUCAAUUCGAAAACACUCCUGCCUUUUAUUUUUUUUUCCUUUUUAGGAGUCAAGGGACGUUAUCAGAUCUUCUGCGUAAUCCGAAGCCUUGGAACAAAUUAAAGUCGGGCAGAGAGACGUUUCGACGGAUGUUCAACUGGGUUCAACAGCCGUUGGCGACGAGAUUGGCAAUUUUGGAUAUGAUAAAGACCGGUUUGUGUCUUUUUUCCUGUUUGUGAAAGUAGAUUUUUCGUAGUUUUGAGAUCUGAAUUAACAAAAAUAAACGCGAAGAUUUAAUCGAAAGUGCUUCAAAAAAUAUCAUGUAUUUCUCACAAGGGAUGUUAUUUUACUGAGCGUUUUGGGAUUUUCCAUAAAUUUGCUCGAAUAUUCUUCAGAGGUUUAGAUGAAUAUUCCUCAUAGUCGCUACCUGCGCAAACUUCUAUUUUUUGUGAUAUUAACUCUCAAAAUUUGCGUUUAACACAGAAUUAGACCACACAUUUUUCUUUGCGACUUGGAAUUUUCUAAAAUUUGCUCAAAAAAUCUCUGAAGGUUUAUAUGGAGAUUCAUAAGAGUUCCAGCUUCUAGUUUCCGAGAAAAUUAUUUUUGGAGUUCGAAAAAUUAGGGUCAAAACCUCUUUUUCGCAGUUUGGAGAAAUCAUAUCUCGGAAGUUAGAAGUUCACGCAGUUAGCCACAAGGUCGUAUCUUCAUCUAGACCUCUGAAGAGUGUUUGAGCGUUUUUAUACAAAAUUCUCAAGAAAGCCAAGAAAGAAAAAUGACCUCCCUUGUCAGUAAGGUUUUUUGAGAUGGCGACGAGGGAGCCUCUUCGCGGACAAUUUCUGGCCUCUCGCCACCAACUCCAGCUCAGAACGUCAGACAAGCUCGAAGGUCGAUUUCUGACCCCGAUGCUCCGAAUUCAAAAAGGCCGCGACUUGUGUUCACCGACAUCCAGAAAAGAACUUUACAGGUUCAGUGUUUUUUUUUAUUGAAUCGAAGUCUUCCCCUGAAUCAGUAUCACAGUUUCCAUAGAUGUACUCAGUUUUCAUUGACUUACCACGAGUUCACGUCAUACGUCGUCUGGAUCCCAGCCCGGGGUGCGGCCUAUCUCAGUACAUUUUCAAAGGUUUUUUUCGCGCGCAAAUGGCUGGGGUGGGAUCCAGCCAACAGUUAACUUUUUUUUUAUCGCUUUUCUCAAAUCCUUUUUUUCCAUUUAAGGGCAGUCUAUCAGUGAAUUGAAAUAAAUGUUCAAGUUUAGUCACCCUUCAUUUUUCAGGCUAUUUUCAAAGAGACUCAAAGGCCGUCGAGAGAAAUGCAACAGACGAUAGCUGAACAUUUGAGAUUGGACCUUUCUACAGUCGCGAAUUUUUUCAUGAAUGCGAGGAGGAGGUCAAGAAUUGGGCCUGGCGGCGACGAGCCUGCACCUUAUCAGCAGGUUUUCAAUUCUAUACGGGAAUCAAUGUUUUGUCGGUUUUUUACAAUAAUUUUCCUUUGUCUCGACGCUUACGUUGAUAUAUUUUUUGUUUUCAAAACUUUGAGGAUCUUUAAACUCUUAUCCCCUCCACAAAUUCUAGUUUCAAAGAUAAAGAAUUAAAAAAUGAAAUUUAUUGAUAAGUGUUACGGUUUUUUUUUUUCAAAGCUUCUCAAAAAAAAUUGUUUUUAAAGUUUUUCUCAAUUUUAAUCAUUUUUAUUUUCAAAACUAAAAAUUUGAAUAAUAGAGAUUAUGGUAAAAUAUCAUGUAAAUGGUAGAGCAAACAGUGAAAAACUCCAAACUUGAAAAUUAGUAGUUUUUUUCAACUUUUUCGAUUGUCGGUAAAAUGUUAUCUAAUAUUUAUUGUAAAUCUCACUUUGUAGGUCCACCCAGUCUCGCCCCCGCCGUCCGGAUCCCCUCCAGGGAUGAAUGGCGCUUCUGGCGCGGACGCGAUCGCCCAGGCCGCGUCUUCCCUACGAAGGUUACGACAACACGCCACGUUGCAGCACGUCGAAGCGACUGUUUGUUUUGUUUUUUUCGUUUUUGUUUUAGAAAUAUGGGUUUUAGCUUUUAGAUCUCAUUUUUUUUGUCGCUCUUUUUCGUACCAAAAUAAAUAUUUAAAAAAUGAAUCGAACUCAAAUUUGGCAUAAGGAACACUCAAAAGAAUGUUUUUUUUUUUAGGUUAGCAGUGUGGCUGAAUCUGCGAUACAGUACAGCCGGACGCAAGCAACAAACGACGAUUUCAAAGUUGGAUUUUUGUUCUGAUAGCUAUUAAAUAUGUUUUAAAUUCAGUUGUACAAGUUAAGCGAUGACCCGCUGGCGGGAGAAAGUGGCUUGUCUAUUGAGGAUAGCGUUGGCUACGAAAACGAUUUGACUUCUGUGAGUUCCCUUGUUCAGAAAGUUAUUCACAUACUUUGUAUUGGCGUCAAGUCAUUCUUGUUAUGGCUUCAAAGUCUAAAAAAGUUUCAAUUCAAAACAAUGGCUCGACGUGGAAAAAUUAAAUUUUUACUUUUUUUGAUGUUUCGCAAAAAUUUUUUUAGUUAAACAAGAAAAAACCUGCAGUGGAUUUUUUUGAAAUGAACCGUAAAUCAAAUUUUUUUUAAAAUCUUUUCGUUCAGAUCUGUUUUUUUGCUUUUUGCGACGCGACAUUUUAAAAACAAAAAUUUUUGACUGUUUCUUACUUCUUUCCACUCUUUUUUUAUAAAUAAUGUGCAUUUUUUCAUAAAUCAUUAUAAAAUUUAGGCGUUAACCCCAUUGGCUGAAGAUUCGGUCUCAAACAACGAUGGGCCAACGAUAAAGGAGGAACAAUUGGACGAACAAGAAACCGUCGUCGAUGCCAUAAAAACCUCAUAA